AUGCAAUACAACGUAUUUCAAGUGUUCGUCUUCUUCGCUGUACUUUUAUCAUUUGUAUCUACAGACAUGAGAAUCGUCUGUUAUUAUGCAAAUUGGUCACUUUAUCGUCUUCCACAUACUCCGAUCUUAUAUCCUGAUUAUAUUGAUCCAUCACUUUGUACACAUAUUCAUGCUGCCUUUGCAUUGAUUAACCCAACAACACUCAAAAUAGAGCCAAGUGAAAAACACGACACGAAUUUUAGCGACAAAUUCGGAACGUCAUUGUACCUAAGAUUGAAUAAGUUGAAACGAUAUAGACCAUCAUUGAAAUUGUUGCUAGCUGUUGGAGGAUGGAAUGCUCGUAGCGAAGCAUUCAAUAAUAUAUUGACGAAUUCAUCAACUCGAGCAACGUUUAUCCGACAAACAAAACAGUUUUUAAAAGGAUGGAAUUUUGAUGGGAUCGACUUAGAUUGGGAAUUUCCAGGUGAUAUUGAACGUGGUGCGAUGAAUAAUUCUCGAGAAGAAUUCAAUAUUCUUAUUAAAGAAAUGCAUGAAUCGUUUCAUAAUCAUUCCAAUCCGUUUCUUCUAACAGCAGCAGUCACAGCCGAUCCAAUCAAAGUCGAUAAUGGCUACGUUGUGCCUGACUUCUGCCAUCAUCUUGAUUAUGUCAGCGUGAUGACAUAUGAUUAUCACGGAUCUUGGGACAACGUAACUGGUGUAAAUGCGCCACUUUAUGGAAAGUAUGCCGCUGAAAACGACACUGAUGAUGACGGACAAUGGAAGAAUGUCAAUAAUUCGAUUCACUAUUGGUUAUCGAAUGGAUGCCCGGCUGAGAAACUCAAUUUAGGACUAGCAUUGUAUGGUCGAAGUUUUACAUUGGCGAAUAAUUCAGAUUCAGUUUCUAUUGGUACAGAAACUAUUGGUAGUGGAAUUGCUGGGCCAUUUACAAAAGAAAAUGGAACGUUGGCAUAUUUCGAAAUUUGUCAAAAACUACGGCUGUAUAACUGGACACGUGUAUUUGAUACUGAUGUUCAAGCACCUUAUGCGUAUAGUUCGGGAUCAAGCACAUUAGAAAAGCAAUGGGUCGGAUACGAUGAUCUCAAAAGUGUUACUGUCAAAGUUUUAUACGCGAAGACGAUGAAUCUUGGUGGCGCAAUGUUAUGGUCUCUCGAUCAGGAUGAUUUCACCGGACUCUAUUGUCAACAAGGAGCUUUUCCAUUUACCCGUCGUGUGCGCGAUAUUCUUGUGUCAUCGAAUAAAACUAUCGAAGAAGAAUCUUCAUAUUCAACCAAACCACGAUCGAAACAAACAAGUAAAUUUAUACCAAUUCACCGACGUACAUCACAAAAGUACCGAUCAUCGCUAACAUCGACCUUACGCUCGAAUGCUGCUAGUGUCUGUGUUAGAAGCAAUGUAAUUCUUUACUUAUUUUCUAUCAUAUCCUUCAAAAUAUUGACUAGAUGA